CCAUCCAUUACCAGGAUCCCCUGUAGGUCAUCUCAUGACGCAUUUAUAGGGCGGGCUAAGAGCUUUUGGGCACACAGUGGUUCUGGGACAAAAUGAGUUCUGGUAACAAUUCACAUCCCACUAAGUUCAGUCUGGUCCAAGUGAAGGGGACGUGGAUCCGGCAAAAUGAGCAGAACCAAGUGGAGGGGGGAAAGUGGUCAGAAGCUAAAAUCUAUGAGGACAAGUCCAAACAUGGAGUUUCGUGGACAGUCGUCAGCCCAAUUGUGUUCACCUACAGAGUCAUCCAGUGCCAAAACAUUCUGGACCCCGAGAACGACACGCUGCUCUGGGGCCACUUAGGAUCCCAAGUUCAUGCAAACGCUGGCUGUACAUCCAAACCCAUCAAGCGUUUUGUUGUCAUUGAUGAAACUGUGAAUCAGCUGUAUGGCUCUCAGGUGGCUCGGUACUUUGACGCCAGAGAGGUCGUUUACAAGAUUCUCCCUCUUCCAACAACUGAGGAGAACAAAAGCAUGGAGCUGGUGACCGUGAUCCUGGAGGCUGUUCACCACUUCGGCAUUGACAGGCGCUCUGAGCCUAUCAUUGCUAUCGGAGGAGGGGUCUGCCUGGAUGUGGUCGGUCUGGCAGCUUCUCUGUAUCGCCGGAGGACUCCGUACAUCCGGGUCCCGACCACCUUCCUGGCAUACAUCGAUGCCAGCGUGGGAGCAAAGACGGGGGUCAACUUUGCUGGUGGAAAAAACAAGCUGGGGAGUUACGUUCCACCAGUGGCGACCUUCUUAGACUGCUCUUUCUUUCAAACCCUGCCCGGGCGUCAGAUCUCUAACGGGCUGGCAGAGAUGUUGAAGAUGGCCCUGAUGAAGCACGAUGGUCUUUUUCGGCUGCUGGAGGCUAACGGUAAAGAACUGCUAUUUGCCAAGAUGCAGCCCUUACAAAGCAGCAAAAGCUCCAAACAGGAGGAUGCAGCUUCUGCUGCUCGACGCAUCGCUAUAGAAACCAUGCUGGAGGAAUUGGCCCCUAACCUGUGGGAGGAUGAUCUGGACCGGCUGGUGGAUUUUGGUCACAUCAUCAGCCCAGAGUUGGAGAUGAGAGUUUUGCCCACGCUGCUUCAUGGCGAGGCCGUCAACAUCGAUAUGUCCUUUAUGGUAUACGUGGCUCAUACUAAGGGACUCCUGACAGCUGAUGAGAAGGACCGCAUCAUCUGUUGUAUGUUGGCUCUCCAGCUGCCUGUGUGGCACCAGGACUGCACUCUAGCCUUGGUGCAGAAAUCCUUCAAAGAACGAAUGAGGCAUUCAGCCGGCUCUUUGAGGAUGCCUCUUCCUACAGGAAUUGGCCGUGCAGAAAUCUUUCAUGACAUGAUUGAAGACAGCAUUCUUCAUCAAGCUCAUCAGCGAUGGACAGAUGAGCUCUCCUGCCAUUCUGAACAGCAAAGGUGAAGCUUUCUGUCACAGCUGUGCUGACUGGAGUUUAACUGGGUCAUGAUAAAAAGCGACAACUGAGCAGGAAAGAACAAAGUGUCACAGUGUUUUGUUGGAUUCAUCUUACUGUACAAAUAAAAGAAAUAAACAUCAAAAUUGUUUUUGAAACCA